GCUGGAGUGAAGCUGGUGGCCGUCGGCAUCGGCACCGCAGAAAGCGCGCGCGAGUUCGCGGAGCAGGUCGGCCUCAAUGUCGAGCAGGUAUUCGCAGACGAGGAUCCGCAGAUGGCAUCCACCUGCAUUUCACCAUCGUGCCUGGCCAGGGCGUCCCUCAGCCCUGGGAGGAGCCCGUCAGUUGUCUCAAAAGUUCGCCUUGCUCGCGCCACCAUCCUGUGCGCGCCGCCAGCCAACACCGCCACGAACGAUGACCUCGAGAGCGUGUACAAGAUCUACAAGCCGCUGAUGCCCGCGGGCGAGGACGCGACGGACAAGACCAUGGUCCAGGGCGGGACGCUGGCCUUCGACGGCCGGCGGCAGCUCUUCGAGCACCGCGACAGCAGCGUCGGAGUGCACGCGGAGCUGGAGAGGGUUCUCAGCGCCGUGCUCGCCUAA